AGAAGAGGAGAGGAGAGACCAGAGCAUCGCUGCUGCUGCUGCUGCUGCUGCAGAUGGCCCUGAAGUGUCAGAAGGGAUGUUUUCCCCUCAGCAGGAGUGGAGUCCCAAAAUGGAGCUGCCGCAGCAGAGCCAAGAUCAAUUAUUCCAGCAGAUCAAAGAGGAAGAAAUGGAGCUGACAGCGAUGCUGGAGGCCGCUCCCUCCAACUGUGUGAAACAACUUUAUAGUGAAACAGAAGCAACUGCCAACCAGGCCUAUUCAUCAGACUGCUCUGCGGCUGUCAGCAAGGAAGAAGAAGAAGAGUGGAAACUAGACAUGUCUCCAGCUCAUAACAGCCAUGAGGCCUCCUGUCUGGCUGUUUCACCAGUGUACCUUAUUACACAGGAACUGGCAAGUGGCAGUAUCUGCAACGUCUGCGGAAACAUGUUUGAGACCCAAGAGAGUUUAUCAGAUCAUUUACAAUCUCACACUGAGGUAAAGGUCUGUCACAUCUGCUGCGCUUGCUUCAUAAAGGACGUCGACCUCAUAAGACACGUGAUUGAGAGCCACGCCGGAGAGAAGCCUUUCAAGUGCAACGAAUGCGGCAAGACGUUCCUGCGUAGAGACUACCUAGUGGUGCACGUGCGGAUCCACACCGGAGAGAAACCUUACAAGUGUCCCUUCUGUGGCAAAUCGUUCACCCAGAGCGCCUACCUGUGUGUUCACAAGAGAAUCCACACAGGAGAGAAACCGUAUUGUUGCUGCAUCUGCGGGAAACGUUUCAGCAGCAGCACAGCAGCAAGUCAGUGUCUGAGAUAUCAUAGAGCUCACGCAGCAAAGAGCGCAAGAGAAAAACUUUAGUCUUUAGGCCUGAGAGACAUUUUUACACAUAUGCUGGUAGACAUGCCAGCAACAAUCGGAUGAUGUUUAUGGUGAUGAUGGUGAAGAAUGGCAAGAUCUCAAAUAUGUUUAAAGACCAGCAUCCAACAGCCAAAUCACCAAAGCUUUAUUAAUACUAAUCUAUCGAUUAAUCCGCUGGUUCCCAACCUAGGGGUUCCUAAAGCUUCACAGGUGGACGCGAGGCCUUCUUGAUUUUAAUGGGUGUAUUGGUGCCUUCAAAUGGGGUCGUGUUUACCGUGUAAGAGUAUUCACUUUCUUAUGGUAUUCACGACCUCGUAAGUGGAAAGUUUCUGACUUCACGAGUUGUGACGUGUUUGUUGACGUUGGUGACCAUGGAAGUUCAUUUUUCGGUACAUAAUAAGUUAAUAUAUUGUAAUUUUAGUU